AUGCUUGUACUCGCCCUACUCCCCCUCUCCCUCCUCCUCCUCCUCAUCUACACCCUAACCCGCUACAUCCACGACCCCAAAUCCCUCCGCCGCUUCCCCUCCCCCUCUAUCGCAGGCCUCACGCCCCUCUGGUCCAUGUACCACUCCUGGAGCGCCACCCAAACAGCCGCAAUCUACGCCGCCCACAAAUCCCUCGGCCCCAUCGUCCGCAUCGCACCAAACCACAUCUCUUUCACGGAUCCAGCCGCGUACAGGGAUAUCUACGGGCACGGGGCGAGUCUCAGGAAAGAUGACUUCUACAGUCACAUUGCCGACGGGAAUCCAAGUGUCGCGCAGGCGACGGAGAAGAGUGUGCAUGCGGGCAAGAGACGGGCGCUCGCGCAUGUUUUUUCGGCGAGGGAGGUUGUUAGGCUGGAGCCGCGGGUUGUCAAGUGUGUCGAGGGGUUGUGUGCUGUUGUUGAGGGGAAGGCGCGGGGUGUGAAUGUCAGGUCUCGGGAUGGAAAUCCGGGGGAUGAGUAUCCCUUUCGCGUGCAAGACGGCGCAUUCGAUAUCCGGCCGUGGCUGAAUAUGUUCGGGUACGACGCAAUCUCCGCGAUGCUCUUCACCAACGGAUACAACUUCCUCUCGACCGGGAACGACCUCUGCCAGUCCGUCGACGAGCACGGGAAUGUGACGACUGUCCACGCAAUGGAGAGCUUCCACUCCGCAAGCCACUUCAACACUGUCCUCGCGCAACUCCCUUUGCCACUCUACAAAGCCGGACGAAGGGCGCUCUUCUUCAUGCGCGGGAACAAAGCAGGUGCUGAUUUCGCAGGGAUGGCGCGCGCGAUGGUCCAGGCGAGGUUGAAGAAUCGUCCCGCUGAGCCGGAUCUCUUCUCGUUCUUCCCUAUUGAGCCGAGCGAGAAGCGGCCCGAGGGUAUGCCUGUUAAUGAAGUUAUUGCCGAGUGCGCAACGAUGCUGGAUGCGGGCAAUGACACGACGCAGGCGACGCUGACGGGUGCGAUCUAUCACCUUGCAAAGAACCCCGAAAAGCAGGCGAAGCUCUACCAUGCACUUGCUGCUGCGGUGCCGGAGGACUAUAGAGGGAACCCAUUCCUCGUUCUUCCGAGUACCAUCCUCAAGGAGAUUCCUUACCUCCGUGCGGUGCUGGAAGAGAACUGGCGGUGCCGGCCCCCAGUUGCUCGGGGUCUUCCGCGGCGUACAACGGGGGAAGGAGCGAAUAUUGCCGGACACUUUAUCCCCGCGGGAGUGACAGUCUCGGCUCCCAUCCAUGCGAUACAUCGUGACGAGAGCCUGUUCCGAGACCCAGAGGAAUUCAUUCCUGAGAGGUGGCUGGCUACCGAUGGGGACUCGGAUGUGGACCGGAAAGAGGCGCAAAAUCUGAAGAACUUUUGUAUCCCGUUUAGCUUGGGACCGCGAGCCUGUAUUGGGAGGAACCUGGCAUAUAUGGAGGUGUCUAUCGUUGUUGCUGCGCUGGUGUUGAACUUUGAGUGGGAGCUCGCGGAGCCAGGCAGUGUCAUGGAGACGAUUGAGAGAUUCAACCGCGGGCCAAAGGAGCUGUUCGUCAAGGCGAAGCCGAGGAAAGCCCAUGUGUAA